GAGGAGGAGGAGGAGGAGGAGGAGGAGGAGGAGGAUGAGGAGGAGGAGGAUGAUGGUUACCAAGAUGCUGCAGUGAUGAAGGAGAAGAAGGCCAAACGGAAAGCCGUUGGAGUGGCUUCCUGUGCAGACAGGAAGUGUGUUCCAGGUAUCCUGUACCUGGGUCACGUUCCUCCGAGGUUCCGGCCCAAACACCUGAGGAACCUUCUGUCAGCGUACGGAGAGAUCGGACGCAUCUUCCUCCAGCCUGAAGACGGUCUGGUGAGGCGGAGGAAGAAGAAGUCGGGGUUGAGGAGGUGUGACUUCACCGAAGGAUGGGUAGAGUUCAGAGAUAAACGAGUGGCGAAGAGAGUGGCGGCGUCUCUGAACAACACGCCGAUUGGAACCAGGAAACGGCAGCGCUUCUCCUCCGACCUCUGGUCCAUCAAGUACCUGCACAGGUUCCAGUGGACUCACCUGAGCGAGCGCUUGGCCUACGAGCAGACAGUCCUGCAGCAGAGACUCAGGACCGAAGUGUCUCAGGCCAAGAGAGAGACCAACUUCUACCUCAACAACGUGGACAAGAGCGCUCACAUGGACAAUGUGAGGAGGAAGAGACAGAGAGACGGACAACAGGUGGACGAGCGGACGUGGGACUUCACGCAGCGUCAGACAGAGGAGGAGAUCCAGACGAAGAAAAAGAAGAAGAGAGACUCCGUUACCCAGAAGCACCUGAGCAAGGCCCGCCUCAUUCAGCAGAAGAGCCAAUCAAACGUCUCGCUGCUUGCCAAGAUUUUCAACUCCAAACAAUCAGAGUGACAGCAGAGAGACAGCCGAUUGGCUGUUGGACACGAUGGUUUCGAUGGAAACAGGGAGCAGAUUGUGAUGAACUGGUGCAGACAUGCUAUAACCCUUUACCAACCAAUCACAGGCCAGUCUGAGCAGGGGGCGGAGCCAUCAGAAUUUUGAUUCUCCAUUUGAGUUAGUUUAGUCUUCUAUUCCAGCCUUAACAAGCUCGUUAAAGCCGUGGUAGGCAGUUCGUUUUUGCAGUUGUUCCGCAAUAAUUCAAUAAUAACUUUUCAGCAUCUUGUAAUUGAAGUGUUCUGAGAGAAAACUACACUUCUGCACCUCCUCUUGGCUCUGUUUUUAGUCUUUAGAUAAACUGUCCUUUGACGGGAGACUCUGGCCACUUUACUUCAAAUUCUGGUGUUUUGUUUUUGCCGCAUUAAGUCUUCUGUAACCCACUCAACGAGCUUAAGUUUUCUGUUCCUGCCUUGACAAAAUCGUUAUCGGGUGUCACGAUUUCGAUAUUAAAUCGAAAAUCUUUCAAAAUGAGCUUUCGAUUUUGACUAUCUAAAUCAAAAGUAAUGUCGGCGAUCACCCCAGUAUUUUCUCUCUCUCUCUCUCUCUCUCUCUCCAGCCUCGCCUACUUGUGCACAUGCGAAGGAAAAAAACCGGUCAAUAACAUGCAGCUAAAGAUACGGGGUAAUCUUAGCUUAGUGGCUGGUAGCAUGCAGCUAAAGACACGGGACAACCUUAGCUUAGCUGCUGGUAGCAUACAGCUAAAGACACAGGGGUAAUGUUAAUUUACCAGCUGGUAGUCUACAGCCAAAGACACAGGGUAACGUUAUGUUAGAGGUAGCCUGCAGCUAAAGACACAGGGUAACCUUAGCUUAAUUUGUAUGUGACAAAUAAAGUACCUUUACCUUUUUACCUUUAAUCGUUUCCAAUCUCCGUGGCCACUGCCGGAGUCAGAGAUGACGGAGAAACAGCAGAACUGUAAAAUCCUCCCACUUCCCUGAAGUCACCGCAUGGCAACAUUUAGCUUUCCCCGUGAGAGAGUUAUAAACGAACAACGAAGGUAAAGCAUGUGGGCUCCGACGGGACUCCAUGAUGCGUUCAUGUGCACCUUGUUAAACUAAUGGUGCAUUUAGUUGCGCAUCUUAAAGGUGCUGUAGGUAGGAUUGCGAAGAUCCAGGAUUUAGCCAAAAAAUUUGAACAUCAACAACUUCU